AUACAAUAAUGAUUUGUUGUGGGCUUAGGCAGCAUUAAUGAUAUUAAAUUCUCCGCAUCGUUUUCUGAUCACUGACCAGCGCCAGACUCAGAUCCCGAACCUCCAUGGCUACAAUUCUUGAACGCUCUCAAAUCUCACCGGCGCUGGACUCGGCGCCGGAGUUCUCUCUCCCGAUUGUAUUUUUCGAUAUGGUAUGGUAUGGGUUCGCAGCAAAUCAAAGUGUUCUAUUCUUUGAGUUUCCUUGUUCAAAAUCCCAUUUCGUUGAAACCAUUAUUCCUGACCUCAAAAGUUCCCUCUCCCUCACUCUCAGUCAAUUUCUCCCACUUGCCGGAAACAUCAUUCAUCCUCUCAACCCUGGAGAUAAGCUCGUCUUACGUUAUGAAACUGGGAAUUCAGUUUCUUUUACAGUUUCUGAGUCCACCGCUGAUCUCAAUCACCUUGUCGGAAAUGAUCCUCGUGUUUGUGAUGAAUUCUAUGCUUUUGCCCCUCAUUUGCCCCCAGCUACCAAUUCGGAAAGCUCCAGUUCUUGUCCUGUUUUAGCUCUCCAAGUAACAUUAUUCCCUGGACAGGGCCUGUGCAUCGGGUUUGUAACUCACCACGCUGUGGCCGAUGCCAGCACGGUUGUGUCGUUUAUGCAGGCCUGGGCUCUGAUCAACAGAAGCAAGCCCAAUAGGACUGAUAAUAUUCGUGAUCUGUUGACAGAAGGAAAUUUGUUGCAAUUUUACGAUAGAAAAGCCGUGACCAAUAUCAAUGGGCUGGAUGACAUAUACUGGCACGAGAUUGUAGAAUGUUCUUGUCCCGCAGAGCCCCCGUCGGUGGAACUUCCGAUCAACAAGCUCCGCGCAACAUUUGUUCUCAAGAAAGAGGAUAUCCAAAGGCUGAAGAAUUUCGUUUUGGCCAAGUGUCCCAACAUCGGUCAUCUUUCGUCUUUCACCAUCAUUUGUGCGCUGGUAUGGGUCUGCUCGGCAAAGUCAGCGGCACCAAGUGGAGAGCACGUCCCAGACGACGAGCCCGAGUACUUCGGCUUUGUGGCAGAUUGCCGGGGAAGAUUGAAUCCACCGUUGCCUGCUAAUUAUUUCGGAAACUGUGUGGCCCUUGUGAAGGCUGAGCUAAAUCACGGAGAAGUAAAGGGAAACGAUGGAUUUGUAAUGGCAGCAAAGGCCAUCGGAGAGGCUAUCAAAGAAACUGUUUACUCUGAGAAGGGAGUUUUGUACGGCGCUGAGAAAUGGCCGGAUGAAUACGGGAAGUUGGUGGGAAAGAGACAGUAUGGGGUGGCUGGAUCACCGAGGUUCAACUUUUACGCGGUGGAUUACGGGUGGGGAAAGCCCAAGAAAUUUGAAGCAUUGUUCAUUGAUGGUGGAGGAUCCAUUUCACUAUGCAAAUCCAGGGACUUUGAGGGUGGUCUGGAGAUCGGCUUGUCGAAGCCAAAGGUUCAAAUGGAUGCUUUUACCACAGUUUUUAAGGAAAUCCUUGAAAGUUUGUUGCCAUGAAAUUUUGCACCUUGCACAUUAUGUUCCGUCAGAGUUUUUGCUGUUAAUCUCUGUAUCUGAAUUCCAAGCAACGAAACAAUUAAGGUAAGAUUGCUCCGUCUUCAACGCCCUGUCUCAAAGUGACAACCAAAGCUUUGCCCAAUGUUUUUCCUUUUCUUUCUUGUUCUCUUUCUGUAAGGACAACGUUGAUGUCCGAAUAAGUUGUAACCACUUGAAUUAUAAUUAGAGUUGGGUUUAUCAAUGCGAUCUUCUUAAAGGUAAUAAGGAGUUUAUUCUUGAACUUCAAUAUAUGGCUCAAUCUGGAGAAUAAAGGAUAGAAUUAGA